UUGUCGUCUAUCUACGCUCCAAUAAACAAAUAGAGAAAGAGUCUCCAUCUCGACGUCUGUGCACAGAACAAUCAGAGUUUCAGAGGAAGAAGAAGAACAAAUCCAUGGCUGUUUUGUUCUCUUCGCUUCUUCCAAUCAAUCUCUAGCAAGCUUAUUCUCUACUUCUCUAGCUGUUUCCAUAUUAUAAGGGUAGGACCCCUGAAGCUAUAAUAAUGGUUUUCAUGAGGUUAACAUGGUCCUUAUGGUAGCAGCUUUGAAUGGAUAAAGAAAGAAUAUGAAGAUGGCCAAUCCUGUUUGCUAUACAAAUUGAUAGUUUCAUGUUUUGUGGGUCAGGAGCAUUGAAGUGGAGUAGGGAAAGCUCAAGCAGCUCUAGUUUUACUUUGCCCUUUAAGGGUAUUUAAAAUUAUGCAGACUCCAAAAGGAAAAACAAGCAGAAGUGGCUCCUCGGAAGCACUGCAAAAGGUCCGUCCUCAAGCUGUACGUCAACUAAAGACAACUGGCCUAGAAUCUGACUCAGCAUCUUCUUCAAGUCAAAUUAGAACACCAAAAGAUAGAACCCCUAAAGUCAUUGAUCGUCGGUCGCCCAAAAGCCCAGUGACUGAGAAGAAGCGUCCCAGCCGAAUAUCUGAAUUGGAAGCUCAGAUUUCUCAGCUUCAGGAAGAACUGAAAAAGGCAAAGGAUCAGCUAAAUUUAUCAGAAGCAUGGAAGAAAGAAGCUCUGCAAGAUGCCGAGGAUUCCAAGAAGCAACUUCUGGCAAUGUCUUCAAAGCUUGAAGAGUCACAGAAGCAACUUCAGGAACUUUCUGCUUCUGAGGAGGCUCGUGUUUUUUAUCAUCAAAAAACUUCACAAGAACGUGAUAGAGCCUGGGAGUCAGAGCUUGAGGCUGUCCAGCAGCAACACUCGGAUGAUUCAGCUGCCUUGGGCUCUGCCUUGAGUGAAAUACGACAGCUCAAGGUUCAGCUUGAGAUGGUAGCCGAAUCUGAGGCUGCCCAGAACAAGCAUGCAGAAUCAUCAGAUGUGGAGCUCCAGACCUUAAGAGCAAAUCUGAUAAAUACUCUCUCUCUUGUAGAGAACAUGAAAAACCAGCUUAGUGAUAGCAAAGACUCAGAGGCCUGGGCCCAAGCUUUGGCUAGUGAAACUCUUCUGCAACUGGAAACUGCAAAGAAAUCUGUGGAGGCACUCAGAUCAGAUGGCACAAGAGCUAUUGAAGCUUAUAACGGCAUUGCUUCUGAGCUAGACCAGUCAAGGGCACGUGUUAAGUUAUUGGAAGGGCUUGUUAGAAAACUUGAGGUUGACCAUUCACAAGCUUCUGCAGAUGAUCAUGAUACCUACAUGGCCAUUUCUGAAAGUCAAAGUUCGCAGGAAGCAAACCAGCUUGAGGCAGAGCUUUUAUCUUUGAAGUCUGAGGUGGGACUUUUGAGAUCUGCUCUAGAAGUUUCUGAGACCAAAUGCCAUGAAGAACAAAUUCACAGUACAGUGCAGAUAAGAAAUGCUUAUGAGCUGGUGGAGCAGAUAAAAUCCGGAGCUACUCUCAGGGAGGGUGAACUAGAGGCAGAACUCAAGCAAGCAAAAGCUGAUAUUGAAGCGUUGAAGGCAGACCUUUUGGAUAAGGAAACUGAACUGCAAGGGAUUUCAGAGGAGAAUGAAGGCCUGAAUAUGAAACUUAAGAACAGUUUAUCACUCCAAGGAGAAUCUCAACUAGAGAUUGAACUGAAAAAAUUGAGGAACAAAGUUUCUGACUUGAAGGCAAGCUUAAUGGAUAAGGAGACAGAAUCACAGAUCAUAAAGGAGGAAAAUGAGAUGUUGAAGGUGGAAAUUGGUAAAAGCGGAACAGAUGGGAAUAUAAUGAAUAGUGAGGUGGUCAAAGAACUAGAGGCUGCAAGGGCUGCAGAACGAGAGGCUCACAUGAAGCUUGGCUUUGUGAUGGACGAGGCGGAUAGGAGUAAUAAAAGAGUUGCAAGGGUGAUGGAGCAGCUUGAGGCGGCACAAGCAGCUAACUCUGAAAUGGAAGCGGAGUUGAGAAGACUAAAGGUGCAGUCAGACCAAUGGAGGAAGGCUGCAGAGGCAGCUGCAGCUAUGCUUUCAGCAGGAAAUAACGGUAAAUUCAUGGAAAGAACAGGAUCAUUAGGUAGCAACUAUAAUCCUGUUACUGGAAAGUUUGACUCGCCUUACGAUGAAGACAUGGAUGAUGAUCUGCUAAAGAAGAAAAACGGAAAUAUGCUGAAAAAGAUCGGGGUCCUGUGGAAGAAGCCACAGAAAUAGAACACCUGAUGUAGGAACAAUGCUACUUAAACUGGGUUAAGUAUAUUGUUUACUGGAUACAAGUUCUUUUCACCUAAUCACUCAUUUGCUCCCUUGACAGAUACCUCAGCUGAUUGCUACAUCCAAAUCAUUUUACCGAAGCAAAAAAUUAACACUCGGGAAGUUCCUGUUGAUAUAUCGUAGCUUUAAUGUAUGCUGGUUGAUUACCCUAUACAAAUGAACAUCGAAUUGCGGCUGUGAUUUUCCUGUUGAUAUAUUUAAAUUGGCUGUAACUAUCUCCAUGCAGCUACAUUUACUAUGGAAUCAGUUUGUUGAAGAUAAGUCUUUUCCUUGUGAAUUUGCUUGUCUACAAGUUGGUAAAUGAAUUUAGAAUCUGCUACUUUCUGUUGCUUUCAA